UCAGAACUAAAGAACCUGCAAGUACAUGGCUUAAACGAUGGUAAGGUUAAUGAACUAGUAAAAAGAACUUAUCGUGUCUACCGUACAUAAUCUAAUUGACGGCCCACUCUUAUAAACGCCCCUUGUCUGAUAGACGCCCCACCUAACAGUUACUCAAAAUUUUAAUACUAGGCAUUGGCAAAAAAACGAGCAAAAUAAGUCAAUUCAUUCAGUGGGGAUGAAGCAGCUGCUCUGACGAGAAGUCACCAAUAGUACCUAACCUUGACCCCAAACAAUACAAAAACAAUUGAAAGAAUGACAUGUCAUUGUUUUCUGCGACCAGUCAGGAGAGACCUUACGAGCAGCUCCUGUACUACUCCAUUCAGUUUCUAGCUUAAAAGGGUACCGGAUUCCGGAAUCCCAGAAUUUUUUGCUGGUGGAAUCCGGAAUCAGCAACUUUUAGCUGGGAAUCAGUAAUCCGACAAAUGAUCCAGAAUCUACAGCGUGGCCUCCAGAAUCCAGGACUGCCCUAGACUUCCUGACAUGGGGCGAUCAUAGUAACUGUUCACAGUGAUCUCGUACUGGUAAUUGUAUGAUUCGCUGUGCUGGCAAUCAUGAGGAGGAUAUGAUGGCGACAGGUAGUUGUGUCACUUGCAGUCGAAACGCAGGUAUAUUACCACAGAAAGCUAGGGCGUUGUCAUUUCUCAGUUUUUCAAAUCCUCUUUGUUUUACGGCUUUUCCGUUUAUUUUUUUUUUUAGAAUGUCAAAAUUACAAAAACUUGACGAGUGCUGACCGAAACGUAAAUUAUGGUAAAAGGGGCGUCGAAUGUGAUGCAGAUAUUGUUCCUGGGUGGUUUCGGUUUCAAGGCGAGGCAGGAAUACUGAUGGCAACUACAUGCCCACCACACUGGAGCUGCAACAGUAGUGGGAACGGCUGG